AUGGAAGAAGCAAAGCUGGAGGAAGUAAUUUACGAUUUCAUCAUUGUUGGCAGCGGGCCGGCCGGUAGUGCGUUGGCAUGGAGCCUGGCACAUUCCGCGAAUAAUAAUGUCAGGAUUCUCCUGAUGGAAGCUGGAGGCCUGAACGAUGACUACAAUCUUCGGGUAGAUGGACAGCGGUGGCAGACGUUCCAAAACAAGGAGAUGAACUGGGGCUACAAGACAAUUCCCCAGACCCACUGCGGUAACCGUGAGCUAGACUAUGCUCGUGGUAAGGGGAUGGGCGGCUCAAGCGCCAUCAAUUUCAGCGUCUUUACCGUCGGAGCUAAGGACGAUUAUGACGAAUGGGCCAGGCGAGUUGGGGAUGGAGCUUUUCGGUGGGAGAACAUGCAGCGCCGUCUGAAAAGCUUGGAGACUUUUCAUUCCGAGCUUCCCUCUGGUGUCCAUCCGAAAUUCGCAUCCCCGAAGCCGUCAGACCACGGCACACAGGGUCCGCUCCGCGUUGGCUACCCGCGAGAAUUAGAAGAGGAUCUAAUACCCCUCAUGGUCACACUAGAGAAGGCAGGACUCCCUUUGAAUCCGGAUCACAAUUCUGGAAACCCCCUUGGAAUGUCGUUGAUGAUAAGUUCAGCCCACCACGGUGUUCGGUCUACUUCUGCUGAUCUGCUAGUAGAAUUGCCGGGGGAUGUCGUCAUUCUUACCGACAGCCCGGUACAGCGUAUUCUGCUGGAGGGAAAGAAGGCUGUUGGUGUCGAGUCGAAUGGAAAGAGGUAUCUCGUCUCCAAGGAAGUGAUUUUGUGCGCGGGGUCGCUAGACACUCCACGGAUUCUAAUGCAUUCUGGAAUCGGGCCUUCGGACCAGUUACAAAAGUACAGCAUCCCCGUCGUCCUGGACAUGCCCGCGCUUGGCCGCGGCCUCAGGGACCACAUUCUCACCCCAUUGCUUCACAAGCGCACGGUGGCAAGUGGAUCCAAGAAGGGAGAAUUUUACGGCGACCAAGCGGCGAUGGAUGCAGCGAUGGAGGAGUGGAAGAAAGACGGAUCAGGUCCUUGGGCCAAAUUUGGCUGUGGCAUGGGUAUCGGCUUCUUCAAGCUGGGAAAAUCGUUGAUGUCCUUUCCGGAAUUUACGGAAUUGCCCGCCGCGGAGCAGAAGCACCUGCUACGCGAAACCAUCCCGCAUUAUGAGCUGGCAACUCACUUUCCCAUACACAUGGCCAUUCCGGGGUCUGUCAAGGAUGACAAGGAGAGCUACCAGUAUUUGUGUCUGAUCCUAUUCCUCCCUCACGCCCAAAGCCGGGGAACUGUGUCUCUUCAGUCUUCGGAUCCUGGCGUGCCGUUGCUGUACGAUCCACAUUUCCUCGAAUCCGCUUUCGACAGACGCGUUGCCGUCGAGGCACUCCGAUCUGUAUUGGAGUUGACAAAGUUCGAGGAGUAUGCCAAGGACACCAUUGAGACUUUAAGCGGCCCCAAAUCCGAAUCCGAUGAAGAUCUGCUCGAUUACUGGAGGCAGACUGGGUGUUCGAGCUGGCAUAUGACAGGUACCGCGAAAAUGGGCCGCCGCGGCCACGAAGACGCCGUUGUGGAUAGUGACUUCCGUGUCAUUGGUAUUGACGGACUGCGCGUGGCGGACAUGAGCGUCGUCCCCGUGUUACUGAGUGGUCAUACUCAGGCUGCUGCAUACUUAACGGGAUUGACAUGCGCGGAACGAAUAUUGGAGAAGUAUUAUCGAUCGGUUUAG